GUUCUGAGCUAUAAAAGUGACCGCCAAGACGUGCUACGCUUGAAUGUUCUUCAAAGCUUCAUCUCUCUGCAACUCGAUACCUUUGCCUCUGUUGAUCAUACAUAUGCAUAUUUAAACCACGCCUUUAAACGGCCCGGCGACGAUCUUCGGGUCCGUAAAUGGAGGGCUGGUCACUUGAUAGUAAGUAAACUACUACGUCGAAACUGCAUGUCGUUCAAUGUCAACCACGACCUAACAACUUGUAGGCUGGUAAGUUAUUGUUUUUUAGUUGGCACUGUUGAACUGAAUGGUUUGAGGUCGAAAGGACCCUGCCACCGACCGUCGACCGAUAUGGCAGGGUCCGUUUCUCCUUCUCGAUCAGAAAGGCCCUGAAUGAUCGCAGCUACAAAUAGCUCACUCACUUUCGUCCUAGCCAAUCCAAUCAACUUGAACAUCGCAAAGGCAGCGGGACACUGGUCCGAGGUUCCGUAAUUCUGUCGUACCCCACAGUUGAUGCUUGUCAACUGACCUCUUGUCCUCCGACACGGCGGGGCCAUAUUCGCGAUUCUCGUGGUUCAGCGUCCUCACGUCGAAAGCGAAAGCGAUUUAAGGCGAUAGAGCGCUCCGGAGAAUGGAUAAGCGUUCUCUCUUGCAGCUUAGCCUUUACCUUCGAAAGACUCGUUUAGAACCCCUCCCUCCAAAGGCAUGUCUGCAGUCGAUCGCGAGAAAGGUAGCUACGACGAGAAGGCCUCGUUGGAGCAAACAGAACAAGGAGGCAACGGCGUCGAAGUGACAGAGGCCCCUCUGCCAGCCACCUCUUGGGCAGGGACAGCAGAAGAAAAGAGGCUCGUGAGGAAAUUGGACAUGCGUAUCAUGCCUCUCACUUGUAUCUUAUAUCUAUUCGCUUACCUUGAUCGUACGAACUUGGGCAAUGCUCGAUUGCAAGGCCUUCCGCAGGACACGCUUGGAGGUGACUCGACAGGUGUACUGUUCGACUGGGUUAACUCGGCCUUCUUCUUCUCCUAUAUCUUAUGUCAGGUUCCCGCGUCGGUGACUUCGAAGCUCUUCCCUCCUCGAAUCUGGCUGGGGUGUGCUGCAGUGGGAUGGGGUCUGGCCUCAACUCUCAUGUCGACAGGAUUCAACUUCCCUGGUAUGAUUGUUGCCCGUGUCUUUCUUGGUAUCUUCGAAGCUGGAUUUGGUCCAGGCAUUCCGCUCUAUCUCUCGUUUUGGUAUACCAAACAUGAAAUGGGUACACGGAUGGCAUACUGGUUCGGCUUCGCUGCUGUGGCAGGUGCAUUCGGUGGCCUGAUUGCGUUCGGAGUUCAACAUGCUCAAACUGCGAUAUCCAAUUGGCGACUUCUUUUUAUCAUCGAGGGUAUACCGACGGUAUUAUUGGGAUUCAUAACAAUGUGGUUGUUACCGAACAGACCGGAAGAAACGAGUUUCUUGAACGAGGAUGAACGGAGGAUCCAAUUGGAAAGGAGGAGUAGAGGGUUGAAAGCAGACGUUGGGAGAGUCGUUAACAAAAAACACAUCUAUGCUGCCUUCAUGGACUGGAGGAUCUACCUCGCAGGGGUUAUCUAUUUUGGAGCGAACUGCGCCCUUGCGUCCAUCUCCGCUUUCUUACCUACUAUCAUCAAGACCUUCGGUGUUACGAAUGCCAGAGCACAAUUGCUCACUGUCCCACCUUAUGCUGUCAGCGCCGUCGUCUUGACUUUGACGGCUUAUGUCUCGGAUCGAUUGCAGAGUAGAGGAAUCCCUAUGUCAUGUGCUGCAUGUGUCGGUGGGAUUGGAUACCUAUUGCUCUUGACAGUUCCAGAUGACAACCACGUCCGGUACUUUGCCGUCUUUUGCAUUACUAGUGGGACCUAUACUGUUAUCGGAGUUACUAUCGCCUGGACGGCACACAACCUAGGUUCAGAAACGAAGAAAGCCACAGGAAUCCCAAUGUAUAUGGCCAUAGGUCAGUGCGGUAGUGUGCUUGGGUCGCACAUCUAUCCAUCAGUUGAGGGACCGAGAUACAUCAAAGGCUUUGCCGUUUCGUGUGCCCUAGAGUUUGUGGCCGCCAUUUGCGGUAUCGUCUUAACAAUCUCAUAUAGGCUGGAAAAUAGACGAAGGAAUAAGAAGUAUGGUGUUCCCGAUCCCGAUGCUGCUGUGGACACUACCGAGCUUGCUGACAAGGCUCCGAUGUUUAGAUACGUUUUAUGAGUCUGACCAUGUUGUUCUGCGGAUGAAGAAAUUUUUGGAGUCUCAUAAAGAACUAGCUUUGAGCAGAGGAAAAGGAAUUGAAUGAAGAACGAAUGCACCACAAUGAAUGACUGUUGAAAUGAGAUGGCGCAUGGACAUAUUGUAACGCAUACACUGACUCUGUUAUGUGUACUACAGUAUAGUGUGCUUCAUCAUAUUUACAAGAAAGACCUAUUGUCCAAUGUAUUGUUUCCUGACUUGCACAAAGGUAGUGCAACACUGGCCAUAGUGUGUAGGCUUGAACUCUACUAGUAAUCAAUUAGGUAGCUCUAAGUAAGCAAUAUACACUACAUAUUGAGGUCAAAAUCUAACCAGAAGAGUGCUGGCUAUCUGACCAGUUUUUAGU